UCGGCACAUCUCUCGGUAUCGAGUGGGGCACGUGGUCAAACCACAGGCUGCAGAGCUCAGAGGUGCAGCCGGCUCCGGACCUGCCGGGCAGGGAGGUGCCGUGCGAUGGAGGAGCAGGUGAGGGCUCCCGCCGAGGCUCAGGCUCGCUGGGGACCGGGCGGGUGCAGCCCUCGCUGGCUCUCGCUUUGCUCUUAAGCUCUGCUUCUGCAAGGCUGCGGGGCUGCAAUGCCGACAGGCAAAGCGCUGGAGCAGAGCGGGGCGGCCGGUGCUCCAGGUCCGGGGUGCUCCAGGGCCCGGAGCAGAGCGGGAGCUGUGGGAGCUGCAGGAAAGCCGCCUCUCCUGGCACUGGUGGGGCCUGAAGACACCAGUGAGCCUGGGGCUGGGGAGGGGAUCAGGCCCCGCUGUCCCAUGCCGCAGGCUGCUCUGAACCGGGAGAUGAGCCUGGUCCUGGCCUCUGCCGCCAUGGGGGCCCAGUGCGAGGCUGCGGUGCCGCGUGUCCCCCCCGGAGCAGGGCCGGGGCGCUGGGAGCUGGGACGUAGCACGCAUCUCCCUGCGAGGCAGCUGCCGGCUGGGAGCCGCGCCGGUGCCCGGGGCUGCGCGGGGGCAGGGGGUGCUCGGGGCCGCUGCUCGGGGCUGCUCGCUGCCGGCAGCUGACGGUUGGUGGCGGGACGCGGGGCUGCGCCUGGGAACGGCGCGGCCGCUCUUGCAAUGACUGAGUGCGGUGAACCUCCCACCGCCUGGGCGUGGGGCGGAAACAUAGCGGCGGGGGCCGGGGCACGUUUCGGGGCUCCCCGCGGUGGGUCUGGGGCUCACCCUGGGUGUGCCGCGGCGGGCGGCCGUGCAGCACCGUGCAGCACCGUGCAGCGCCGUGCAGCACUGUGCAGUGCCGUGCAGUGCCGUGCAGCGCCGAGCAGCACCGUGCAGCGCUGUGCAGUGCCGUGCAGCACCGUGCAGCGCGGAGCCGCCCUGGCUCAGGCUCCCUCCGCGCAGGCCACCCCCAGCCCUGCGGCCGUGGAGCCCACCGCCACCACCGACUUCUACCCCUGGGCAGAGGGGUACUCGUGGGAGGCCGGGGCGCUGCCGGAGCUGUGCGAGAAGGAGGCCGUGCAGGGCUUCGCCCGCACCUACCAGCCGGCCGUCUACCUGCUGCUCUCGCUGCUGGGCGCCGCGGGGAACGGGCUGGUGCUGCUCACGCACACCCGCUACCGCCGGGCGCACAGCAUCACCGACGUCUGCCUGCUGCACCUGGCCCUCUCCGACCUGCUGCUGCUGCUGACGCUGCCCUUCGCCGUCACCGUCACGCUGCAGGGCUGGGCCCCGGGCACGGCCGCCUGCAAGGCCCUGCAGGGCCUCUACGCCCUCAACUUCUACAGCGGCUUCCUCUUCCUCACCUGCAUCAGCGUGGACCGCUACGUGGCCAUCGUGCGGGUGCCGGCCGCCUGCCGCCUGCGCCCACGGGCGCGCCGCUACGGCUGGCUCACGGCCGGGCUGGCCUGGCUGCUGGCCGCGCUGCUGGCCCUGCCCCAGUUCGUCUACGGCCGAGCGGAGCAGCACCAGGACCUCCGGCUCUGCCGCGCCGUCUUCCCGCCGGCCGUCUCCCGGGCGGCCCGGGGGGCCACCAACCUGGCCCAGGUGGUGCUGGGCUUCGCCGUGCCCUUCCUGGUGAUGGCCUGCUGCUACGCGGCCGUGGCCCGCACGCUGCUGGCGGCCCGCGGCGCCCAGCCGCACCGGGCGCUGCGCGUGCUGCUGGCCCUCGUGCUGGUCUUCGUGGCCCUGCAGCUGCCCCACAGCCUCAUGGUGCUGCUGGACACGGCCGAGCUGCUGGCCAGCUGGGCCACCACCUGCGCCCAGAGCCGCCGCAAGGACCUGGCGCUGCUGGUCACCGGCGGGCUGGCCUACCUGCGCUGCUGCCUCAACCCGCUGCUCUACGCCUUCCUGGGCCAGCGCUUCCGCCGCGAGCUGUGGCUGCUGGCCAGCGACGCCGGCUGCGUGGGGCCCCGCGACCCGCGCUGCUCCGGCUGCCCCAGUCCCCGCCGCCGCAGCUCGCUCUCCACCUGCCAGGACGUGGCGUAGGGCCGCCGCGCCCCGCGCCCGGGCGGGAGCCCGCGCCCCUGCCCGCCUCCCUGGAAGAGCCUCGUUUUGCACGGAGACUGCCCCGGCGCCGCGGAGUCGCGUGGAUGGAUGGCACGGUGCCCCGUGCGUGCGUGGGCAGGGGACGCGCAGCCUGGCAGUGCCCCGUGCAUGCGUGGGCAGGGGACGCGCAGCCUGGCAGUGCCCCGUGCAUCUCCGGGCCGGCGGACAAGCAGCUGGCGGUGCCCGGUGCCCGCCUGGGCAGGACGAUCGGGCCGGCGGGGCCCCGCGUGUCGCCGUGCCGGGCGCAGCGCCUCGGUGCUCUGGGGUCCGCGCGGUGCCUGUGAGCUGCGGGGGGCCGCCGCGAUGCCCUG